UUUGUUUCGUCGGAGCUCGGAACCAUUGAGUCACGCCCCGCCCCUCCACGCGGCUGUUUCUGUCAGUCAUCCUCAAAAUAGCUCCCUGCUGUCACCCCUUGCGUGAACGCGCACGCCCACCCGAGUCAUCGCGGAACUUGGGCCGUGCGCGCGCACGGCACAAGAGCGCGUGCGUGGCAGGAUCAAAGUCUGGCCCGGACGUGAAUCUUGAAAGACUCGACGGCCGUCGCUUGACGUGCGUGCGCGCGCGCGCGCGCCCCUCGCCUUGACCUUUGGUGGGACUUCCCGCGGAGAGACUGCCGCGCCGGCGCGCGUGCGUGCCGCCAGAAGAACUUGACGGAGCCACGCGGACGUGCUUGGUGUGUUCGCGAUGACGUCGGUGUGGAAGAGGCUCCAGCGCGUUGGCAAAAAAGCUUCCAAGUUUCAGUUUGUGGCUUCCUACCACGAGUUGCUGCUCGAAUGUAAAGACAAAUGGCAACCGGACAAGCUGCGUGUGAUUUGGACCAGAAGGAACCGGCGCAUGUGCUCCAAGCCGCACAGCUGGCAGCCCGGAAUCAAGAACCCGUACAGAGGGAUGGUCGUCUGGCCCGUCCCGGAGAACGUGGAGAUCUCUGUGACGCUCUUCAAGGAGGCGGGCGCCGACGCCUUUGAGGACAAAGAGUGGACCUUCGUCAUCGAGGGCGAGUGCAAAGGCCACCGUAAGGUUCUGGCAUCCGCCGCCAUCGACCUGAAGACUUACGCCAGCGUGACGCCGACGCAGACGGACGUCAGGCUGCCGCUCAAACCGCUGUCCGUCAAAGUGGUGGAGGCGGAGCUCAAGUUCUCGCUGUCCUGCAUCUUCGUGCGUGAGGGAAAAGCCACCGACGAAGACAUGCAGAGCCUCGCCAGCCUGAUGAGCGUCAAACCCGACAUAGCCAACAUGAACGACUUCAACGAGAGCGACGAGGACGGCGACGGCAGAUCUGCCGGCGGCGGGGCGGCCGUUCCGCGCCCUCUCGUGCGCCCCAAUCGGCCCGCCCCUGCGCCGCCCGAAACGGCAAGCGCACCAGCGCCGCCCUCUGGACGGGAUUCUUUCAACGACCACCGGCGGUCCGAGUUCUACUCAUUGAAAAUCACACGCCAUGACGCCGGUGCCGUUUGUUAG